GGCAAAAUCACAUAAUGACCAAAUGCAGCAUUCAUAUAUUAACAUUCAUGCAGCAGUAUAAUAUUCUGAUCCAGUCCAUAUAUUACGUCCGUGCAGCUGAUUUCUCCAUGAAAAACAGCCCUGUUUCAUCAGUACCACUUGCUUUGCGUCCCGUGAUUUUCAGUAACCAAUCAUCUUUUUGCCCGACUGGUGUGUUUGAUUUCUACUGCCUCCUCUGCCUGUUUUUUCCCUGUUUGCUCCUGCAUGGUCGUGACAAGAUAUUCUCAUCUGCCGGCGGGAAGCGUGCACAAACCAAACGCCCGGAUCCUCCAAGAGCGUCUUCUGGAAAGAAAACCUGUGCAUCUUUCUAGCUGCAAACACUUAUUUUGCUCAUUUGUUUCAGCCAUUACCCUGGCGAAUUAAAAUCGAAGGAUUUGGAGAAGAGAGGAUCUUAUAUCCCAGUCCUGAUUUAACGGAUUACAUACGCGACUCAUGUAAAUAACCCCGCUUUGUGAUCCCAUCUUCCCUAAAUGACAGGGAGGUUGUAGCCUGGAGAUAAAAGCAGUGUCUUGAACUGGCAAAUUAGAUCCACUAUCAUCUUUGCCAUUCACAUUACAGCAUCUAAUGGCGACCAAUGCAAAGAGGCCAUCCCUGCAGGGCCCAGUGCCACCUCCUCGGAAGAAGACAAGCCCCAAGCCAGAGCUGACUGAGGAGCUCAAGCAGGAGAUCAGAGAGGCCUUUGAGCUGUUCGACACCGAUGGUUCUGGACACAUCGAUGUCAAGGAGCUCAAGGUUGCGAUGAGAGCUCUGGGAUUUGAACCAAAGAAAGAGGAGAUCAAGAAGAUGAUCAGUGAGGUGGAUAAGGACGGCACGGGGAAGAUCUCCUUCGCUGACUUCCUCAGUGUCAUGACACAGAAAAUGGCUGAGAAAGACUCCAAAGAGGAGAUCCUGAAAGCGUUUCGCCUAUUUGAUGACGAUGAGACAGGGAAGAUCUCAUUCAGGAAUCUGAAGAGAGUAGCCAAGGAGCUGGGAGAGAACCUCACAGAUGAGGAGCUGCAGGAAAUGAUUGAUGAAGCAGACAGGGAUGGAGACGGGGAAGUGAAUCAACAGGAGUUCCUGCGCAUUAUGAAAAAAACCAGCCUGUAUUGAAGAGCGCGCAUAACAUUAGGGCUGGUGUCGGAGAUCCACAGGGCCAGAGGGGACCGUGGGUGAUUUUUACAUGUCAUGCUGCUCAUACAUCUCAAAAUGUUCUCUUUCCUUGUUAUUGUGUAACGCCAUAGCUUCUCAUUUAAAAGGAAGUUGUUGAAGACUUAACCAGAGUCUGGUCAAAUGCCAAAUAAUCCUCCAUCCAGUUAUAUGGUAAUUUACAUUACAUUUGCCAAUGCUUUCUGUCAAACACAACUUCAAUGCAAGAUGUGUGUGUUUUUUUAAUGCUGUUUGGAAUGCUGCGUACCUUUAUUGAAAACAUCUUGAUAAUGUCAUUGUAACAUGUAAAGUAACCUCAGCCUCUUUGUAGUCAAGGCUCAGAUUCUCAGUGCCUGCCUGAAUAUGGUAACAAACACAGUACACAUUCCAGUGCUUUGCUUUGUAAUGGAGUCGAACCGAGGUUAGCUCUGUGCCAUACUGUUUGAUCCAUCUUCCAGCUCCUGUGUUUCAUAUUAUGGCUUCUGCAUAAACAUAUUGUAUCUUUCCAAAGGUUUGAAAUCUAUGUGUCUCCACAUGAGCAGUGGGGUAGAUUAUUGUGUUGCUCAUCUCCCAGAGACCAUCGUAAUUAUGCUUGGGGAGUGCUGUCUCACCUCAGUGCUACCUGUGUAUUUGUGCCUGUGCCUCUUAAAGGGGUGUUCAUCACAAUCAGGGAAGCUGCCAGGCCCAAACUCUCUGACCUACACACACACACACACACACACACACACACACACACUCCCCAAAAACCACACUAUCUUUAAAAUACUAUUGUUGAUGUAUUUUUCCAAGUUGUAUUCGUUACUCGUCCCUACUUUGUGCAUCUUUUCUCCUCGGCAUUCUUGAAUGUUUUGUACAAUAAUUGGUAACUGCAUGGGCAGAUAUACAGUAUAUCAAUAUUUAAAGUACAAAUUAAAGAUAUUUAC